UCCAUUCUUUUGCGUAUGUCCGCUUCACUGGGGUGCUGUCAACUCGCGAUAGUACACUGCGCCAACACAAUGACUGGUGGUUGACGAGCGUCAGUUGUGGCUCAAAAAUAGAUUGUGGCUGCCCGAUUUGCGCACAUCGCUGAUCCUCAGGAACUAACUAACAAUACUAACUAAUUCCUCCCCGUGUAGCGGUUCCCCUCGCUGUAUGGUGGUGUAGGUUUUUGUGGAGUGCGGUAGCGGCGUAGCGGUCUCUGCGCCCAAUCGUAUGACCAAUUGCAACGGAGAAGCAAGAGUGCGCUGCCUCCGUUGUACUCACAGAGAAGCCGUAGUCGUUCUGCACGCUGCAUCGUUGAAAAUUUGUUCGCUUGGAUGUCUCGCUAGUCCCGGCAGUCCGUCUCGCUUCACCAAUCGAACUCGACUCGCGGAUUCGACAACAGAACGAAGCGUUUGGCCAGUUUGUGAUUAGCCGCGAGCAGAGGAAAAGAGCCUCCGUGCUCAGUAUGAGCGAAUACGCACGCUAAUCUGGAUCCCUCUAAGUUAAUCAAGUACGCCAACUCGCAGGGUGAGGCAUUGACCGCUGCUCUUCCGGCCAUGGCAGACGGCGGCCAUGGUUUCCACGGUGGUUACCGUGGUGAUACUGAGCCGAGGGAUGACGGUGGACCACUGCAGAACGGCGGCAGCAGCAAGCCUGCUAAAGGAGGAGGAUCAGGCCAGAACACGAUCAGUGAUGGCACCCGCUCGAAACUCAAGCAAUGCCUGAAAGGCCGCCUUGAGGAGAAGAUAUCCGCAGGUGGUGGAACUGGUGGUGCGAGCGGGUCGGCUAGAACCGACAAUGGUGUCGAGUUGCAGGCCGGUGGAGGGCCUGCUCUGGCGCAGCACGGCGCUGCUAGCGGCGGUAUUGGUUUGCCGGUAGGAGCGGUGUCAGCUGCCACAGCGUCCACACACCAGCCAAUGCUGAGUGGCGGCGGAGGUGGCGGAAGCGGUGUUGUAUAUCAGGCCGCGCAACCAGGCCAUCCGCACAUGGUGAUGCAGGAGAUGCCAGCCGGCGCUACGCAAAUGUGGGUUCAACAGUAUCCGCAGCAGCACCCGCAGCAUCAGCAGCAGCCGCAACUCAUCCAGGCCCACCCCGGCGGCGUGCACACGAUACCGUCCGGCCAGCUGGUCUACCAGCAGGCCACCCCGCCACAGCAAGCAUCGGCAGUGGCGGCUGCCCAGGCUGGUGCUGCUGCCACCGCGGUGCAGUCUCCGGGCGGCGUAACCCUGGUACCGAUGCAGUUCGCGCCAGCGGCCAUGCCCGGCCAGGUGGCUGCACCGUCCGGUCCCACCUUACAUCCGUCGGGUCACAUUCAUCUGAGACGCAUAUCCUCAGCGCCUAGUAUGGCCACGUCAACGCCUAGCCAGACGCGACAUCGGCAGAAGUACCUGAACCGCCGUUCUCACGAUAAGAACAGCCCUCAGCCAAAGCGGAGCAGGGAAGGCCGGAAGAAGUUGACACCAUCAGACAAAUCCUACCAGAAACAACGGCGGGAGCAUCAGCAUCGUAGCGGAGAGUCAAACACCAGUGGUGACUUUUCGCACAGUGACGCGGAGUCGUACGACAACGAGAUUGACGACGCAGUGUCCACGACCUCGUCACAACUAUCACAGCAGCAGCCGCCGCAGCAGCAGCAGGCAAUGACCGUGCAGCAAGUCGCCCCCGCUGCCGGGCAGCAUCCCGUCCUAGCUCGCCAUGCCUCCAUGCCGCCAACCAUACAACUGCCCACCGGUCAAGCACCAGCUCAGGUAGCAGCGGCAGCACCCCAGCAGCAAGUUGUGUUUGGUGCCCAGCCGGCGCAAAACUUCAUUCUCCUUCAGCCCAACGCCCAUGGGCAGCUAGUACCCGCAGGUCAGCAGCACAUGCCCCUGCAGAGUACCUACUCAGCUCCGCCAGGCUCGCACACGAUAGCAGCGUCAACGGCAGGCGGUGGACAGCCCACGCUAUUGUUUCAGCCGCACCACAUGCAGACCAUAGUGCACCCUGGAGCGGUAGCGGCAGCACCCUCACACCCCGUUCUUACCGCACAGCUCUCCAACGAUUCACAGGCAUCGCAUCGCAAGCUUGAAGGAAGCGUCAGCUGCCCACCAGUGGCUACUGCCAUGCCAUCGUCGACGGCAGGUGGAUCGAGUGUCGCCGCGAGCAGCUAUGUUCCUGUCGUUGCCGGGCAGACCACGCCGCGUACACAACCUCAAGUCGUUUCCAUGGUACCCGCCGGCUCAUCUGCGGCAUCUGCGCACGGUGGCGGUGGUGGUGGGGCGGCGACAAGCAAAAGUGGACAUCCGGCGCUCAAGCGACAAGGCCAUAACAGCCUGCGACGCGUCUCGGAGACUGUUAUACAUCGCGACCUAAACGACAACCGAGCACUCAUGGGAGGAGAGCGGCAAUCGCAUGGACAUCGUCCCCUCGGUCUCUCUUCGUCGGCGGAAGCGCAGCUCAUGGGUGAUUCCAGCACGAGAUCACCGAGACGAACUAGUCCACCGCCUCGCAACUCGCCUCUGCCCUCCUUACAGGAACACCAAGCUAUGGACGAGGAUGAGCCGACGGAACACGCUCGCAGCGUGACCUCGGAGAGUACGUCCGUGUCCUACGAGAUGUCGAAGAGAAUGGAACGACCUGGCGCCGCCCCGGCCGGGCACUACCUUCAGCCACGCCAACACGAGACUCUCCACCGUGCCUAUUCCGAACCCAGCAGUCGCCUAAACAGUCACGUGGCUGCAGUCCCUGUGGGUGCAGCCGUCGCUCCUGUUAUGCCGCAGGUACUGUUGGAGGGCCACUCGCGUGAGAUCGUGGCCAACUUCCAACGGGAGAGUGCACAGCUUGAUCAGAUGACCCGGCAGCUGGAGCAACAGCACCUCAGCGACCUGGAAACUCUCAACAAGGCGAAGAGUCACAUCGAGGAGAAGCACCGGAUGAGAAUGGCUCAGUUACAGCAACACGCCCAGGUACAGCAACAAGUACAAGCACAGCAACAGGCGCAAGCACAGGCUCAACAACAACAACAACAACAACAACAACAACAACAACAACAACAACAACAACAACAACAACAACAACAACAACAACAGCAACAAGCUGCUCUUGCGGCUGCACAACACCAGACCGCAGGGGCGAUCAUUGCAGCUCCCAUGUUCCCCGCCGGCAUGGCAACCAUGGGAGCCGGGCCGAGUGCAGUUGCCACGGCAACCGAUGGCGGACUCCGCCAGCAGCCAGUAGCGGGGCGCGGCGGCGCGGAGAUGCCGCAGCUGUACGCCCCACAUCAACACCACCACCACGCCCACGUCGCACCGCCAUCGCUAAUGUCUGCUGGCGGUGGCGGUGACGAGGCUGCCGCUAUGGGGCUCCACGGCCAGGAGCCACCGCCGACGCCGAACUCUCUAUCACCGCCGCGAUCCGCAGCGGCAAUGGACCCUCACACGGACCCGAGCAAGACGGCGCUCGCCUGCGACACGUACAUGCACAAACAUCAGUGCUCCAUCCCCGAGUGCAUCGCGCAUCCCGAGGGCAAGGGCCGACUGCACAGCAUCUGGUCGCGCUUCAAGGCCAUGGGCAUCAUUCAGCAGUGUCACGUGAUCAAGGCCAGGAAGGCGACGCACAACGAGCUGCAGAGCGUGCACAGUGAAAACCACACGCUCCUAUAUGCUGGUAACACAAGAAAUAGGAGAAUCCAAGGGAAUACGCGGUGUUUUAUUCAGCUCGAGUGUGGAGGAAUUGGAGUCGAUCAGGACACUGUCUGGCAUGAAACCCACACGGGACCUGUAGCACGAAUGGCAGUUGGAUGUGUAAUCGAUUUGGCAACAAGAGUUGCUAUCGGGCAUAGCAGGAAUGGUUUUGCAGUUGUUCGGCCACCGGGACACCAGGCAGAGAGAAUGAGAGCGCAAGCAUGUUGCUAUUUCAACAACGUAGCGAUCGCCGCCAAACAGCUGCACAUCAAUAACUAUGCUCAGAAAACUCUUAUCGUCGACUGGUCCAUCACGCAUGGAAAGGGCACUCAAGGUAUAUUUUACGACGACGGUACAGUACUCUACAUAUCAAUACAUCGUCAUGACAACGGCACCUUCUUCCCCGGGAGCGGCCGAUCAGAUCAGAUCGGUGAAGCCAUGGGCUUAGGUUACACGGUCAACAUCCCGUUCUCAAGUACAACUCCGGAUUUCGUCGCCAUGAGAGACGCAGACUAUGUAGCAGCGUUCAAGCAUAUUGUGUUGCCAAUUGCAAAGGAAUUUGGUCCAGAUAUUGUACUAGUGUCAGCUGGCUUUGAUGCCAUGGACGGACAUGGCUUUGAAAUUGGCGGGUACAAAGUUACGCCUGACUGUUACGGCUACAUGACAUCACAGCUAAUGACCGUCACGAAUGUGCCAGGAAGAGUGGUGCUGGCGUUAGAAGGCGGCUAUGACCUGAAGAAGAUUUGUGAUGCUUCGUUCGCGUGUGUAGAAGCGUUGAUGGGAAGAGAGUAUGAUGAGCCGGGUGGAGGUUGUCCUGUCAGUGACGCUGCCAUUAGAGCCAUAGAGGAAACCGCAUCUUAUCUGCCCAAGUACUGGCGGUGCAUGAGCACCGAGCGGCGACCUCGCAUGCGCAGCGAGGCCGAAGUGGCCGGAGUCCUCGCUUCCAUGGCAACCGUCAGCGGUGGCAGUGGUGGAGGUGGCGGCCCCGGCGGUGGAGCAGCUGGCCAUAGAAGCCUAGUCUCAGCCUCGUCAGCAUCAUCGGUAGCGGCAGCAUCUGAUCGCUACGUGCCGGGCAUGGUAGGGCAGGCACAGGUGGCAAUGUCAACUACUCGCCCUGUGCCGCAGCGCCAGCAGCUUGCCUCUGAGACAAUGGACGACGACGACGACGACGACGAGGAGGAGGAGGAGGAGGAGGAGGACGACGACGAGCAGGGCGUAUAUUACGACGACGGAAUGCAGCCGGGUGAAUCUUCCGUAUAGCUCUCCGCCGCUCUGUUGCCCGUCGUCCCUGUGUCACAACCUGUCUCGUAUGUCCGUGUGCCAUAAUCGGACUUGCCCGUCUCUGUGCCACAGCCUGACUUGUCUGUUCGUGGGCCACAGUCGGACUUUCCUGUCUCUGUGCCACAGGUUGACUUGCGUGCUCAUGUGGCACUAGGAGAUUUGCGGUCGACGAAUUACCAACAGACGCGUCUGAGAGAGAGAGAGAGAGAGAGAGAGAGACAGACACUGACACUGAGACCGAGGUUGAAACUGCGUGGCGGCACACUUUCCGGUGCGCGUCUGGUGUGAACGUAUCACUAAUGCAGUGUGCUGUGUGCAUAUGUACAUUCCCACUGUGUAUGGUCAAUCCACAGCACAGCUGCUUGAGGAUGUCGCUGUGUGCAGUAAAGCCGCAGCACGGCCGUAUGAGUACGCACAGUGCGACUCAAUGAAGACUGUUCCGACUGUGUGAUAUCAAGAAAAAUAGCUGUAUGCCCGAUUGCCCGGACAUGUGCAUCUGUCCAAAGUGUUGAGUCUACUGUCUUGAUUUCCCGCAUAGCUCUCAGUCCCGUACCUCAAGAUUGUAGAAAUGGCACAGUGCUGACGCUUGACGUGCCUGAAAACAAACAUUCCGAAUACUACUCACUUCAGUGCUAUAACCCUCGAUGAUGUCAUCUCGUUCCCUGCUGGCUGCAGUGAUGUCAUCAUCCUUGCAAAGACUAUGUCGUUACAGUGGGAUGUGACUGGGAUGGUGUUAUCCACAUCAUCAUCAUCAUCCUCCUUCACAUCAUAUCUCUCCGCACCCUACCCCAAUGCUGCAUGGAUUUGCGUAGCUAUGUGCUGAACGGCCGCCGAGAAAGAACGAUUUCGAAUUCUCCGAACAUCGCUGCCGCCCAAUUCCCUCCUCAGCUGUCUUUCAUUUAUGCCCCCCCCCCCCCAGUUGUUGUCGGAGUCAUAGCCUAUUAUAGGUCUGUGCACACGUGUUGUUUUGUUGAUCAAUUGUCUGCUACAACUCUCUAUGAGGUGAUCCGGAUAGCGAGUAACAUUUUUGUACCCGUCCGUUAUUAUUAACUUCAUGCUGUUCUGCUCUGGAUUUCUAUUUCUAUUGUCACAACGUACCAAGUACCACCACCCAUCCCCUCCCUCCCCUCCCCCCCCCCCCGAAUUUCUAUGAUUUUGGUUGACUCGUACGUGUACGUUUCCGCUCGCACCGCAACGUACCUCCGCUAUUAUUUCCACGUGCCACUCAGUUUGCUGUCCGCGUUGUUAUGGUCAUUACCUUUGAAUGCUUCCGCUCACACAGUCAUUCCCCGCAUGGUCAUUCCCCACAUGGUCAUUCCUCUCAUGGUCAUUCCCCUCAUGGUCAUUCCCGUCAUCGACAAUCCCACUCUCUAGAUAGCCACCAGUCGAUUACCGAUUUAUCCCGUAGACCGUUCCCGAAUGCCGUGCUGAAAUUUGAUUCUGACGGCCUAUCCGUUGUAGAGGCUCCAA